AUGCUAAAAUGUUAAACUCUGUAUAAGGCAAUGCUGAAAUAUCUAAAGACAUUUUAAAACUAAUAAUAUUAGUCAUGGAAAUGGCACAACUAUACUUAAUGGGCAGAUCUUUCAUUCAGACCAUUAAUGAUUAUGUAAGUAAUUUUUAUCAUCAUAAAAUUAUCAAUUGUUGCCGAUAACUUAAUGUUAUGGAUAAUUUUUGGAGUAGAAAUUCUGGUUCAUUUAAUCCUAUUUUUAUGUCUUCCGAAAAUCAUUCACAAAGAGUCAUAGUUUUUGUAGUUUGUUCCUUUGAUAUUGCAGGAAUCCUUAAGUGUGCUUUGUUACUUUGUUAUAAAUGAAAGCUACCUCAUAUUUUACACUGCGACAUGCGUCAUCUUUUAAAGUAUGUAUUCGACAAUACUAUGGAAAGUAAUUGCUAUAAUAAUCUUUUUAAUUUAAACUAUCUUGUUAGCGGAUCUAUCAUCCUAAGAAGGACUAUAUCUUACUAUUACUCUUUUAUUCAUGCAAAUUGCUAGAAAAGAGCUCUAAUAAAUGCAGCAUUUCAUAAAUUUAUAAGCACUGUUUUUAAUAAUCGAUUCUACACCUUAAGCUAUGUGUAUUGCACAUAAGGAUAAAAAUUGGCUGCUCUAUUCCAAUAAAUUAUUCGAAAAUCUAGCUAAUAAGUUAGAAAGUACAAAUCAAUCAGAAACUGAUCAUUCCCCAGAAAAGGGAGCAGCAGCAACUAACAAUUUUACUAAAAACUAAUUAACUUUCUUGUAAAAUUUGUAAUUGGAUGAAUUAAAUAACAAUCAAAAUGUUGUCCAAUUCGAUUUCGAUGAUGAUGAUUUGUACCUCGAUGAUCAGUAUAAAAUUAAGAAUGUUACUUAUAGCAAAGAUAAAAACUCAAUAUAAUAUUCGAAAGCCUUCACCCUUGAGAUUCCAACAGUUCGGCCUAAAAACCAUGUUCAAUUUUAAAAGUUCUUCCAAGCAUUUAAAAAUCCAGAAGAUGAAUCGAUAAUCCAAAAAACAUUCACAUCUGAUGUAACAAUGAGAAUUGAAGUUAACAAUCCACCUCAAUUUCAUUUACAAUCAGCGGGUAAGAAGAGUCAACACAAAAAAUCUAAUCUCCAAAAUAAAACAUAAAAACAACAAAACUAUAUGGCUUCUAGUAGAAAAGUAUCUGCUGAUUGUUUAUUAAAUAGUAAAGAAUAUAGGAAUUCAGGUCACAAAUAAUCUCUACUAGACCAAGAAGUGAAUUUCUUUAAUAAAACAAAACCAGUCUAUGUUCAUAAAAUGAAAUUCUUAAUUAAUGUAUUAGAAAACUGCAAUAUAUUCGAUAACGAUGAUGAAUUGUAAAUAUAUUUCAUUCAUGAGGUCAAUCAAAUUUUAUUAAGAACCAAACUCAAGAAAUUAGAAUCAAUAAAAAAGAAUCUUUUGAGAUCCAUAUCCCAUGAACUGCUCACCAACCUCAACGCUGUUUAUGGGUUUAUAAAACAAAGUUAGGAUAAAUUGCUCAAAUAGGAAUCUUGCCACAUCCAACUGGAACAAGCCUUGAGUUACACAAAAUUACAACGAUACAAGAUCUAUGAUUUCUUUGAUUACAGAGACAUUUUAGAGGAUAGUUUUUAAUUGAAAUCUGAUAAAUUUGAUAUCAAUACUGUCAUUUUGGAGUGUGUGGAUUUAUUUAGAAAUCAGAUUGAAAGAAAAUCCUUGAUAAUUAAUGUGGAAUUGCCUAAGACUUCAUAUAUCAUCAGUGGAGACAGACAAAGAUUAUGUUAGGUGCUCUUAAAUUUGAUUGGUAAUUCAAUUCGAUUCACCUUCAAAGGCGGAAUCAAUAUCAUAGUUCAAAAGUAAGAGUAUAUCGAGUCAAUGGAAGGAAUAGAUUUACACUCUGCUAAUUACCAAGAUAGUAAUUUGCUUGAAGUUUAAAUCAAUGAUACAGGCAUUGGAAUGACAGAGGAUGAGUUAAGCAUCUUAAGAAAAAAGUUACAUCUAACUGAUGAGGAUGAAAAGGUAUCUAAACAUUCUGUUGGUAUUGGCUUGGGAUUGUCUGUCAGUAAACAAAUUAUAAAAUUGAUGUCUCCGAUAGGUCAAAAUUACCUUUCUGUUGAAUCAACUAAAGAUGAAGGUACUUAAUUCAAUUUCCUGUUGAAAUAUCAUGAUGAAUCAAUUUAUGCUUCAAAUUUCUUACAAAGAUCAAACAAUCACACAAUUCCAAAUGUGGAUGCUCAAAGUACCUAAUAAGUACGUGUGAUGAACUACAAUAAAUGUAAUAAUCUUCAGAUCACAGAGAAAUAGGGGUAGUCAGAGAUGCAGCUUGAUCUCGUGCUUAAUGAAUGCAAUUGCAAAAUAAUUCUUAUUGUUGAUGAUGAGGAUUUUAAUAUUUAGGUUCUUUCGCAUAUGGUUAAAUAAUUAGGAUUCGAUAUCGAUUCUGCUUAUAAUGGCAAACAAGCCAUUGAGAAGGUUCAAAACCAAUUACUCAAGAGAUGCAAUCAGAAAUUUUGUAUUGGAUAUAAUUGCAUCUUAAUGGAUAUCAAUAUGCCGAUGAUGAACGGAUGGGAAACCGUCUAGAUGAUACGACAAAUAGAAAAUGAGAUUCAUCUCACCAGAACCAUUCCUGUAAUUGCAGUUACUGCAUUCUGUAGCAUCAAAGAUCAAUAGAAGAGCAUAAAUGAAGGAUUUAAUAGUGUUCUGAUUAAGCCUGCUACAAAGGAAUUGUUGAUCGACGCUUUUAAUCGACUCAAUAUCUGA